AUGAGCCGUAAGUUGGACUUGAAGCUGAACCUGUCGCUGCCGGCGGCAUCGAGGAAGGAAGAGGAAGAGGUGGACUCUCCGGCGCGUAGUAGCGCAGCGGCGUCGUCGUCUCCGAGCUCUUGGUUGUCGGAGGAGGAGGAGGAGGCAGCAACUUCGAUGGUGGUCACUGGCUGCCCGCGAUGCCUGAUGUACGUCAUGCUGGCAGAGGACGUCCUAAAGUGCCCCAAGUGCGGCAGCACCGUAAUCAUCGAUUUCUUCCGAGGAGGAGGCGGCGGCGGCGGCGGUGCUAAGUCCGAGAAGAAAAACAAAAGCCAGAAGAAGAAAAAGAUGGGUGUUUAA